GGACUCCAGUAUACUGUGGAUACCAAACCUGGCCAUGCUAGGGAGUGAACAGCCCCUGGUUGGCUUGAGGCAUUGGACUCAUGGCUUUAAUUAGAAAAAUAGGGAUUGGGGAAGUGAAGGAGGGAAGCAGGGGGUUGCUGAUUGCAGAGUAGCCCAUACAAUCUGACAGAAGUGUCUUUUGUUACUCAGUCUUCCGCUUUGGGAAGUCCAGGAGUAAAUCACGUCUCCUCCAUGAACUCCAUCUCUGUAUAAUGAAAAGACUUUGAGAGAGACGCCCUCAUUUCCCCACUAUGAGAAGUAACUUCUGUCCUGCGGGUAAAAUUUCUUUGAAGGAGUGUACGGUUCUCCCUAGCGAGGACCUCCAAGUGCUAAACCACUUCAGUGGCAGAACGACCAGUACUAAUAGAGCAUCCUCGCAACGAACUCGGACGUGCCCACCUUCGCGAUCUGUCUGUCCCCAGGGAAGUCUGUCCCAGAGCAGUUAACUCCCCAUCCCCGGAGGUAGCUUUUAAGGCGUUUUUUCAAAAUCAGCUCGGUGCUUCCUCUUUUUCCUUAGAGCCAGAACUGCGCGUUGCGUCAUCUUCCUGCCCCCACCAACCUCUAGGAGAGACCAAGGGCCCGGGGAAAGUUGUUGUAAAAAUUCCCGGGGAAGCCCGGGAGGCCCGAGGAGGAGCAGCUCAGCUGUAGCAGCAUUUCAGGAGCAUCCUGGAAAGCGCAGCCCGGGGCGGGGUGGGGACCGCUGCCAGCCCAGCUCCCGCCGCCGCCUGCAGCCGCCGGCGGCGCAGGGACCAUGUCCGCGCAGACCGCGAGCGGCCCCACUGAGGACCAGGUGGAGAUCCUGGAGUACAACUUCAACAAGGUUAACAAGCACCCGGACCCCACCACGCUGUGCCUCAUCGCGGCCGAGGCCGGCCUUUCCGAGGAGGAGACCCAGAAAUGGUUCAAGCAGCGCCUGGCGCAGUGGCGGCGGUCAGAAGGCCUGCCUUCAGAGUGCAGAUCCGUUACGGACUAAGGAGGUGGUGGGCAUCCAGAGCUUCCGUUCAUGAAGACCAUCUGCUGUUUCUCUCCUCAGUGCAGCCAAGCUGUUUUGUUUUUUCAGUGUAGUAUUUUUAUGUUCCACUGUUAGCCGUUCUGCUAUUUAGCACAAUGUUGUAUUUUUUCAAUGUAUAUAACCAGAAAAGAAGAGAACAAGGUAGCUACGUGCAGCUUCUGUGUAAAGCAUUGACUUGGCUGGGAAUGUGGUAUGGUUGCAUUUUCCUUUGGGUCAUGAUGACAGUUUGUAGUGAAGACUACUAGUUUGCUUUUGACCAUCAGCUCCCAGUAACAAUUUACUGUCACCAUCCACCUCAGAGCAAGCAAGACCUCUGUUAAAAAGAUUACUUGACCAAGAAGGGAAAAUAUUUCCUUCUGAAGCUAAUUCUCCUAGUCAUUUUCCAUAUGUUUCAUUUAAAUACAUUGAGUUGAGUGAGAAUACAGAGAAGGAUUCGAGUCAUUCAAAUUUCAUAAAGCAGUUUCUUGGACUAAGGCUGCAUUAGCUUGGAAAGAACCCAAUUAGGCUAGAAGGCUGAAAUAACUGGCAGAAAAAGCAAGUAACUAAGAAAAAAAUCCAUAGCCUUGAAUUUACCUUAUUUAAAUGUGUUUGUUAAAUUUAUUUUGCUAAAUGAAAUGAAUUGCUUUUUGCCUUUGAAAUGAAAAUAUUCUUAAUAAAACCUUAACUUUUUGUUGGAACUA